CGCAGCGACCUCAGAAUAGCUUCUGUAAAGGAGGUGUUUCGUUGUUACGUGCGCACGUUAGUGUCUGAGUUUGCGCGUUAGCUGGGUGCUGCUGCGUGGAUGAUGGCUGCGUCGAAGCCCGUAGAGCCUCAGUCCGGGAGUGGGCUCCCACGUUGGCAGCUAGCACUCCUGGUCGGGACUCCGAUUGUCCUCGGUGUCGGAGCUGUCUACCUGUGGAACCGAAGUCGCGGCAAAGAAAAGCAAGGGAAAAGGAAUGGGGAGAGGAAAACCCCCGAAGGGAGCGCUAGCCCUGUCCAGGGCCAGCACGGUGCGACCAAUCCAGAGCUGGAGAACAUGAGUCCCCUUGACCGAGCACAGUCUGCUAAGAAUAAGGGCAACAAAUACUUUAAGGCUGGCAAAUAUGAGCAGGCGAUCCAGUGCUACACAGAAGCAAUCAGCCUAUGUCCCAAAGAACAGAAAGGAGAUCUGUCCACCUUCUACCAGAAUAGAGCUGCAGCCUACGAGCAACAGCUGAAAUGGACAGAAGUGAUACAGGAUUGCUCUCAGGCAGUUGAGCUGAAUCCUUGCUAUGUAAAAGCCCUUUUUAGGCGUGCCAAAGCACUGGAAAAACUGGGUGACAAGAAGGAGUGUUUAGAAGAUGUGACAGCAGUAUGUAUUCUGGAGGUUUUCCAGAACCAGCAGAGCAUGCUACUGGCAGACAAGGUUCUGAAACAGCUGGGAAAAGAGAAGGCCAAAGAAAAAUAUAAGAACCGGGAGCCCCUUAUGCCAUCUCCUCAGUUCAUCAAGUCCUACUUCAGCUCCUUUACUGAUGACAUAAUUUCACAGCCUUGAGCUUGAAAAUCGAAAUCGAAUCGAAUUGGAACAUCUGAAUCGAUACCCAGCCCUAGCGCAUAUUUCUCAGGCUACCUAAAGGCUAAGCAGUAUAUGGAGGAGGAGAACUACGAUAAGAUCAUCAGUGAGUGCACAAAGGAGAUCGAGUCUGGAGGCAGGUACACAGCCGAAGCUCUUCUUCUGAGAGCCACCUUCUACCUACUGAUAGGCAACGCCACAGCUGCUCAGCCUGAUCUUGACCGUGUCAUCAACAUGGAUGAUGCCAGUGUCAAGUUACGUGCUAAUGCGCUCAUUAAACGUGGAAGCAUGUACAUGCAGCAGCAGCAGCCCCAGCUGUCCACGCAAGACUUCAACAUGGCUGCAGAGAUCGACCCCCGUAAUGCAGAUGUCUACCACCACAGGGGACAGUUGAAGAUUCUGCUGGAUCAGGUAGAGGAGGCUGUGGGAGAUUUUGAUGAGUGUAUAAAGCUUCGACCAGACUCUGCACUUGCCCAGGCCCAGAAGUGUUUUGCGUUGUACCGGCAGGCCUACACUGGAAACAACCCAGCCCAGGUUCAGAAAGCCAUGGAUGGUUUUGAGGACGUCAUUAGGAGGUUUCCAAAGUGUGCUGAGGGCUAUGCUCUGUAUGCACAGGCACUAACAGACCAGCAACAGUUUGGUAAGGCAGAUGAAAUGUAUGACAAAUGUAUUGAACUAGAGCCAGACAAUGCCACAACAUAUGUCCACAAAGGUCUGUUGCAGCUUCAGUGGAAACAGGAUCUGGAAAUGGGCCUUGAACUCAUUAGCAAAGCCAUUGAAAUUGACAAUAAAUGUGACUUUGCUUAUGAAACCAUGGGAACCAUUGAAGUCCAAAGGUUUGUGAUCUUCUGA